AUGUUGUCGACAUGGGCGCCCGAAAUGGACCCCAACAUCACCUUGGCGGAAUUCUUCAACGAUACCCUGGACCCGUUGCCAGGCAACGCCACGUCACCAAGAGCCAUGAGUGAAAUGCACACGUUCCUCAUAAUCGUGAAGGUGGCAUAUGCAAUUGGUAUUGUGGGAAACGCGGCGGCGAUAAUCGCGCUCAGGAUAGGCGAGAGACGAGUCAGGAAUAGAAAACACCUGUUGCUCCUCACAUCGUUGGCAGCUAAUGACUUGGUUGCACUGGUGGGCAUGGUCAGCGCUCUGCUGGUAGCGGAGCAUUUUCCUGAUGUGGCUCGAACUCAGGGAUACUGUGCAGCGCGUGUGGUGCUCCGCGUAUUCGGUAUUGGAAGCGUCUGCAUCGCCGUCACCAUGGCCCUAGAGCGAUAUCUUGCCCUCACCAGGCCUUUUGUCUACCAGAAGCAAGUAACGUACUUCGUGAUACGUAUGACGCUUCUGGUAUCUUGGAUUUGGGCAGCGCUAUUGACUUGCGCGCCCGUGCUUGGGAUUGGAAUGUAUUACGACGCUGACCACCAGCGCUGCGUCAGAUACAGAAACGCGACUGAGGGCUUGGACUUUGCAUACGCUAUCUUCUAUGUCACAUUUGGCAUAGCGCUGUGUAUGAUCCUGGUAUAUUGUAACCUGGCGGUUAUGCGAGCGCUGUACGCAAUUUCUACUCCACGGGAAGGUGGGCCAGUAGUUAGGCGGGUCUCCAAACGCAGCUGCCGUUCACGUUGUGAUGCCGCCCUACGUCAACAUAACGCAGCAACGGCUGAAGAAGUUGCCUUUAGCAGAUUGAUGGCCACGCUCUCUGUUCUUUUCAUGAUCUGUUGGCUGCCACAAAUGGUAACAUCAGCGUUGUACCUGUCUCUGGGUAAAACAUCUUGGCGACGCCUUGAUAGCCUCGGACGGCUGUCAGACAUGUUAAUGUUGUUUAACUAUGUGCUGGAUCCCAUUCUUUACGUUCUGAUGAGGCAACGACGUCGCUGCUCAUUCACAAACCUCGGACGAAGCAUAGCACGCUGUUUUAAACGGAACCACAAGACAUCUACGGAAUCGAUGAAGACGUCUUGCUGCCCGCAGGAGACAGUUGUAAUUAGUGACAGCUCCGGGGCGGAGAUGCGACCACUUCGCGCCCCACCCUGUGCCAUCAUCUUUAACGUGGAUGACUGA